GCUGGGCUCACCUUCAGCAGCACACUACAGCUGUGUGAGUCCUGCCCUUGCUGGCCGCAUCCCCAUGCCUUCAGGUGUCGGUGGGUGUCUGCCUCCAUCUGUGCAGAUGUUGCUCUGCUGGACCAUUAGCCUUCUGCUGGCCACCGUCGGAGGGAGAGAGGUUUGCUAUGGACAUCUUGGCUGUUUUUCCAACGAGAAGCCGUGGGCAGGCAUGAUUCAGCGGCCUUUGAAGAUAUUCCCUUGGCCCCCAGAGGACAUCGAUACCCACUUUCUUCUGUACACAAACGAAAAUCCAAACAGCUACCAACUGAUCUCUGCCACGGACCCAGCCACCAUCGAGGCUUCCAACUUCCAACUGGACCGCAAGACCCGCUUCAUCGUCCACGGCUUCAUAGACAAGGGGGAAAAGGGCUGGCUGCUGGACAUGUGCAAGAAAAUGUUUCAAGUGGAGAAAGUGAACUGCAUUUGCGUGGACUGGAGGCGCGGGUCCAGGACUGAAUACACCCAAGCCGCCUACAACACUCGGGUCGUGGGAGCUGAGAUUGCCUUCUUAGUGCAAGUGCUGUCGACAAAGCUGGGGUACAGCCCAGAGAACGUGCACCUCAUAGGCCACAGCCUGGGAGCACACGUGGCCGGGGAAGCAGGCAGGAGGCUGGAGGGCCAUGUGGGCAGGAUCACAGGGCUGGACCCUGCAGAACCCUGUUUCCAAGGGCUGCCGGAGGAAGUUCGGCUGGACCCAUCGGACGCCAUGUUUGUAGAUGUGAUCCACACGGAUAGUGCCCCCUUAGUUCCGAACCUAGGUUUUGGCAUGAGCCAAAAGGUAGGUCAUCUGGAUUUCUUUCCAAACGGAGGAAAGGAAAUGCCUGGAUGUCAGAAAAACAUCCUUUCCACCAUCGUUGAUGUGAACGGAAUAUGGGAAGGAACUCGCAACUUUGCAGCCUGCAACCACCUGCGGAGCUACAAGUACUAUGCCAGCAGCAUCCUGAACCCUGACGGCUUCCUGGGGUACCCCUGCAGCUCUUACGAGAAGUUCCAGCAAAACGACUGCUUCCCCUGUCCAGACGAAGGAUGUCCCAAAAUGGGGCACUAUGCUGAUCAAUUUGAGGGGAAAACCGCUGCUGUGGAACAAACCUUUUUUCUGAACACAGGAGAUAGUGGUAACUUUACUCGUUGGAGAUACAAAGUGUCAGUCACACUGUCUGGAGCAAAGAAACUGCGAGGGUACAUCUUGGUUGCUCUGUUUGGAAGAAACGGAAACUCAAAACAGUAUGAAAUUUUCAAAGGGUCCCUCCAACCAGAAGCAAGGCAUGUGCGUGACAUCGAUGUGGACGUCAAUGUUGGGGAAAUCCAGAAGGUUAAGUUCCUCUGGAACAACAACUUGAUAAACCUCUUCCGCCCCAAGCUGGGAGCUUCACAGAUCACAGUGCAAAGCGGUAAAGACGGGAGAGAGUACAACUUCUGUGGCAGCAGCACUGUGCGCGAAGACAUCUUACAGUUGCUCUACCCCUGUUAGAGGGUGCGCGGGCUCCCGCCUCGUUUCCAUAAUAAAUGCUUUGCGUGCAGUUGGUCUGAA